GCCGCCUCUCGGCUCGCCGCGCGGUGCCGGCGCCCGGCCCGGGGAGCGCCGUGAGGAGCGGCUGCAGUCUCCACGCCAUCCGCUGUGUGAGGAAUGACGAUGGCUCCGUGAGAGAACUUCCUCGCAUCUUUCUCUUGCUCUGCAGCCCCCAUUGCAUGCUGCUCCUGGACAGUGAUGAGCCGUUCAGCUGUGCUGGGAUUUUCUACCGUGAAGAAAGGAGAGGUGGAAUAUGAGUUGUAGACAUCCUCUCGAGCUUCUUGUGCGUUGUUUUUCCCGCAUCUAUAUAUAAACCUGCUAGCAUUGAACACGCACGCUCCUACGCCUACUUUGGUGUUCCUGCGACUGUGCCACAGGACUGGUGUUUCUCGCCGUCAUGGCUUCAGUUUGGAAAAGACUGCAGCGUGUUGGGAAACAUGCAUCCAAGUUCCAGUUUGUGGCCUCUUACCAGGAGUUGAUGGUGGAGUGCACCAAAAAAUGGCAGCCAGAUAAACUAGUGGUGGUUUGGACAAGAAGAAGCCGAAGAAAGUCCUCUAAGGCUCAUAGCUGGCAGCCUGGAAUCAAAAACCCAUACCGUGGGGUGGUGGUAUGGCCUGUUCCUGAAAAUGUUGAGAUUACUGUGACACUUUUUAAGGAUCCUCAUGCUGAAGAGUUUGAAGACAAAGAAUGGACGUUUGUCAUAGAGAACGAAUCUCCUUCUGGCCGCAGAAAAGCGCUCGCCACCAGCAGCAUCAACAUGAAGCAAUAUGCAAGCCCCAUGCCUACACAGACAGAUGUCAAGUUAAAAUUCAAGCCUUUGUCCAAGAAAGUGGUAUCUGCCACGUUACAGUUCUCUUUAUCCUGUAUUUUUCUGAGGGAAGGGAAAGCCACGGAUGAAGACAUGCAAAGCCUGGCUAGUUUGAUGAGUAUGAAACAAGCUGAUAUUGGAAAUCUGGAUGAUUUUGAGGAAGACAAUGAGGAAGAUGAAGAAAACCGAGUGAAUCAAGAGGAAAAGGCUGCAAAAAUUACAGAGCUUAUCAGUAAGCUUAAUUUCCUGGACAAAGAGGAACAAGACCUGGCUGACUCUAGUAUGAACCCUUUUGGUGAUCCUGAUGCAGCCGAAUUGAAUCCAUUUGGAGAUCCUGAUGUGGAAGAACUGGACAGUGAGAUCGCAUCAUCUUCAAAGGCAGAAGAAGGUUUCUAUGUUGACAGUUACAAUCCUUUCAAGGACGAAGAUGCCCCAGAGUACUUGAACCCAUUUGAUGAGCCAGAUCCUGACUCCGAAACAUUUGUAACCAUAAGAGAUUCUCCUCCUCAACCUGCAAAAAGGAAGAACGUCAGACCAGUGGAUAUGAGCAAAUACCUCUAUGCAGAUACCUCCAAAGCUGAAGAGGAAGAACUAGAUGAAUCAAAUCCGUUUUAUGAACCAAAAUCAAGUCCUGCUUUAGUUAAAGUUGGUCCACUGCAAGAACCAGAAAAGAAGAUGAAAAGAAAAGCUCCUGAACCACCAAACCUCUUGCCAAAGACAGAGACAAGCAUGAGUGAGAACGUGACAGCUAUUCCUGCAUCGAGAGAGCUUUCUUCUUCUCCAAAGCCGAGCCCAAUACCAAGUCCCGUCCUGGGGAGGAAGCCAAAUGCGAGUCAGUCCCUGCUCGUGUGGUGCAAAGAAGUUACAAAAAACUACAGGGGAGUGAAAAUCACCAACUUUACAACAUCGUGGAGAAACGGGCUCUCCUUCUGUGCAAUACUGCAUCACUUUAGACCAGAUCUCAUUGACUACAAGUCCCUGAAUCCUCAAGAUAUUAAAGAGAACAACAAAAAGGCGUACGAUGGGUUUGCCAGCUUGGGAAUAUCACGACUGCUGGAGCCUUCUGACAUGGUUCUGUUGGCAAUCCCCGACAAGCUGACUGUUAUGACCUAUCUCUAUCAAAUACGGGCGCAUUUCUGCGGCCAGGAAUUGAAUGUGGUUCAGAUAGAGGAGAACAGCAGUAAAAGCACAUAUAAAGUGGGUAACUACGAAACCGACACCAACAGCUCCGUGGACCAGGAGAAGUUCUACGCAGAACUGAGCGACCUGAAGCGGCAGCCUGAGCUGCAGGCACCGGACGGCGGCCUGGCGGACUUUGCCUCUCAGGAUGACUCCGUGUUUGUGAACGACAGCGGGGUCGGGGAAUCCGAAAGUGAGCAUCAGACUCCUGAUGACCACUUAAGCCCAAGCACAGCUUCCCCUUCCUCCCGCAGGGCUCGAAGUGACACGGACCCGCAAAAGUCCCAGCAGAGCUCUGGAAGGACUUCUGCCUCUGAAGAAGUUGGGAAGUGCAGCAGUACGGAUGCAGCACAAGCACAGCCCGUGGGAAGGAAGAAAUUGCUGAAAGCUGACACUUUAGACUUAAGUGACUUGGCACAUGUCAGUGAUCAAAAAGAGGAUGCAUCUCCCACAAUUGCUUGUGAAGAUAACGACAAAAAAAGACACCAGAGUUCAGACAACACCGUUGGCUUCUCAGAGCAGAAAAAGCUGGGGCAUAUGGGAUCCCCAGAGAGCAUGAGAGAAGAUCCUGGAUCACAUGGCAUGAAGCAGAGUUUAUCUCCUACUUCUAAUCUUGGAUACUUUUAUAAUAAGGAUGUGGAUUUUGCAAAGAAAACAUGUGCUUCUCCGAGGCAAGCUGAAUCUGAUUCUGACAGCGAUGCUAGAUUGACUUCAAAUCAUGCAGAUCCAUCUGCAAAGGCAGCCCAGCAACGAAUGUUGUCAAGACAGGAAGAACUUAAAGAACGAGCAAGAGUUCUGCUUGAGCAAGCAAGAAGAGAUGCAGCUCUAAAGGCAGGGAAUAAGCAGCUAACCAAUACGAUCAUCCCAGCCCGCAGUAAGCAGCUGAAUGAUCAGCAAGAUGAAGAGCGGCGUCGGCAGCUGAGAGAGCGAGCUCGUCAGCUAAUAGCAGAAGCUCGAUCUGGAGUGAAGAUGUCAGAACUUCCUAGCUACACCGAAAUGGCUGCAGAAAAGUUGAAAGAAAGGUCAAAGGCAUCUGGAGAUGAGGAUGAGGAUGAUGAUAAUAUUGAGAUAGAUACUAACGAGGAGGUUCCUGAAUGCUCUGUUACUGGAGGUGGAGAUGAGCUUACUAACCUAGAAAAUGACCUUGAUUCAACGGCAGAACAAAACAGUAAGUUGGUGGAUUUGAAGCUGAAGAAGACCCUAGAAACUCAGCCACAGGUGGCAAAUUCACUCUCCAGCGCUGCUCAGAAAGCUGUAACUGAUAGCUCCGAGCAAGAUGUUAAGCAGAAUGGAACAGAGGAGCAUCGUGCUGAGCGAUUACAAAAAGCAGCAGAACGUUUUAGAAAUCCUGUUGUGUUCAGCAAGGACUCCACCGUCAGAAAAACUCAGCUCCAGUCUUUCAGUCAGUAUGUGGAGAGCAGACCAGAGAUGAAAAGGCAGAGAUCAAUACAGGAAGAUACAAAGAGAGGAAAUGAGGAGAAGGCUGCGAUAACUGAGACUCAGAGGAAGCCAUCAGAAGAUGAAGUGCUUAAUAAAGGGUUCAAAGACACCAGUCAGUAUGUUGUAGGAGAAUUGGCAGCACUAGAGAAUGAGCAAAAGCAAAUUGACACCCGUGCCGCGCUGGUGGAGAAGCGCCUUCGCUAUCUCAUGGACACAGGAAGAAACACGGAAGAGGAGGAAGCUAUGAUGCAGGAGUGGUUCAUGCUGGUUAACAAGAAGAACGCCUUGAUAAGACGGAUGAACCAGCUUUCCCUCCUGGAAAAAGAGCACGACCUGGAGCGGCGCUACGAGCUGCUGAACCGGGAGCUGCGCGCCAUGCUGGCUAUCGAAGACUGGCAGAAGACGGAGGCGCAGAAGCGGAGGGAGCAGCUGCUGCUGGACGAGUUGGUGCUGCUGGUGAACAAGCGGGACGCGCUGGUGCGGGACCUGGACGCGCAGGAGAAGCAGGCCGAGGAGGAGGACGAGCACCUGGAGCGGACCCUGGAGCAAAACAAAGGCAAGAUGGCCAAGCGGGAAGAGAAAUGCGUCCUGCAGUGAGCGGCGGCCCCGUCCUGCGCUGCCGAAACGCUGACGAGAGGCUGCAAAGAAAGAAAAAUAAAGAGAAAAAAAAAAAAAAAAAAAAAAGAAAAAAAAGUGUUUUGCAAAAAAAUCAAAUCAAAUCAAACCCCCCCAACACACACACACACAAACACACACACACUCUCCCCCCAGCCUUCCCAUUCCCUCGGGCCGAAGCCGGCGGGUCCCGUCCGGAGCUCCGCGCAACACCGGGUUCGUGCUGUAGGGUUACAGGGGCCCGAGGAUACAACACCGACCCCACGGGGAAGGCCUCCAGGCCCCGGCCCGCCCCCCCCCUCAGCCCCCCCGCUGUCCCCGGGCCGUAUUUAUUGCGCCGGGCCCCGCGGAGCCCCCGUUUAUUUAUUACAGUGCCGAGAGACGGAGAGAGCGUUUUCAAUAAAAGCCGAAUCUUUCUUACCGGA